UCUGUUUCCGGGAUGUGUGGUGAUGUGGCUCUAAAAUCCUGGAGGCGAAAUUGAUCAAAUAAACCACGCGGCUCUUCCCUGCGCCUAUUACACAGGUCAGCCAUGUUUAGCCGGCUGACCCAAGGGGUGUCCUCUGUCCUCCAGGAGCUCUCGGGUGAGGAACGCUCCGAUGGAGACUUCCAGGAUGGUCUGGUACCUCAGCCUCAGCCUGAUGCUGAAGCAUCCCCAGAGGGCUCGGGGCCCUCAGAAGAGGUCCUGGAGAGGCUGGCCCAGACCGAACAGCUGGUGGUUCAGCUGAAGGAGCUAAUUCGAGAGAAGGACAGCCAGCACGCCAGCACUGAAAAACAGCUCAAGGAGGAGAAAGAACAGGCAGAAGUCAAGUUUACAAAGCUUAAACUGCAGGCCAAAGCCAAGAUGACUGCCCUAAACAAACAGCUUGCUGAACUGAAAGGACAAGAAGCAUUGAACAGCAGUCAGAAUUCAGAGAGCUCCUUCCAAAUGGCUCCAGGAGUGGAGGAGGAACUCCAGCAGCUGAAAGAAAAGCUCAGUCAGGCAGAGUCGGCCAACAAGACCCUCCAACAUCAACUCUGGGAUGCUGAACAGCGUUUGAGAGAGGAAGGUCAUGCAGAGCAGGUGCGAACUCUACAGGCUGUGGUGAAGGAGAAAGAUGUGCGAUUUCAAGAACAAAUACUCAAACAUGAGCAGGAACUCCUCAAUCUCACACAGGCCUCAAAUGACCCUGACUUACAGCAGGCUCUUUGUGCAUCCCAGCAGCACAUAGAGGAGUUGGAGGAGUCCUUGCGUUCUCGUUCAGAAGUCCUAGAAAUGUUGCAGCAGGAACUCAACAGUGCAGACCAGCAGAAACAGAUUCUGACUGCACAGUUCAGGCAGAUGGAGUUGGAGUUGGCAGAAGCCCAGAGACUGAGAGAAGAGGAGAGGCAGCAGUGGGCAAUGCGUGUUGAGGAAGAACUCCAGGCUCUUAGAGCCAGACUAGAGGCUUCGGAGAUUGAGAGAGAACAGACAGUCAAUUCUCUCAACACUGAAUUGCUGAAAAAGACCACAGAGAUGGAUGAAAUGAGAGGAAAAGUUGAAUCUGCUGAAAGAGAGAAAGAAGAAACGCUGGAGAAAUUGAAAGAAAAAGAAAAUGGCUUUGAGGCAGAGCAGGCCAAAAUGAAAGUAUGUCUAGAAGCCAGAUUGGAGACAUCAGAGAGUGGGAGAGAGCAGACCAUCAGUGCACUCAGCAUCAACGUCACCCAACUUAAUGCUGAAUUGCUGAAAAAGACCACAGAGUUGGAUGAGAUGAGAGCAAAACUUGAAUCUGGGCAAAGAGAGAAAGAAGAAAUGCUGGAGAAAAUGAAAAAGAAAGAGAAUAGCUUUGAGGCAGAGCUGACCAACAUGAAAGUAUCUCUAGAAACUAAAUUAGAAACAUUAGAAAAUGAAAAAGAGCAGACCAUCAGUGCCCUCAAUGCUGAGUUACUGAGAAAGACAGCAGAGGUGGAUGAAAUGAGAGCAAAAUUUGAAUCUGAAGAAAGAGAGAACAAAGUGCUGGAGAAAUUUAAAGAGAGAGAGACUAGCUUUGAGGCAGAGCUGGCCAACAUGAACGUAUCUCUAGAAGCCAGAUUAGAAACAACAGAAAGUGAAAAAGAGCAGACCAUCGGUGCUCUCAAUACUGAGUUACUGAAAAAGACCACAGAGUUGGAUGAACUGAGAGAAAAACUUUCAGCUGAGGAGAGAGAAAGACUGGAGACAUUACAAGAGAGACAAACAAGGUUUGAGACAGAGCUGGCCAACAUGCAAGCCUGUCUGGAAGUUGCAGAAAAACAGAAAGAGGAAAUGACAAAGAAGCUAGAGGUGGAGGUGGCAAGUCACAUGGAAGAGCUUCAUCAUCUUCAGGAAAAGCUCAAUGAAGUGGACAGAGUAAGGGAAGAAGAAUCUAAGAGUGAAACAGAUCACUUAGCACAGAUGCAAAAAGAGCUUGAGUCCUUAAGAGAGACACUGGAUGCCAAUAAAGAGGAACAGAAAGCAGGACUGCAAGCCAAGGAUGCACUGGAGAAACUUUGGAUAGGGAUUCGGAAUUUGACAACUGCUGGGGAGGCAGAGGUGGAAAUAUCCAUUCCUACUGACCCUGCACAGUUCUUAGAGGUGUUACCUGCUCUAGAAGCUCAGCUGGGCAACCUUACAGAUGAACAGCAGGAGAGUCAAGCACGCUUGUCCCAUAUCACACUCACUCUACAAUCUCUGCAAGGUCAACUGGAUGGGAGCACAGCUGAGAGAGAGGAAGCAGUUGCUAGGAUACGGGAACUAGAGGAACAACUUCUCACUGUUCAGGUUACUGGUGAGUCAUUAUGUGAUCAUGUGACUGAGCUGUCUGUGAGGGAUUUGGACAGGACACACCAGGAUAACAGUGGAGAUGGACAUAGUUCAGAAAACAAAUUACAGACCGAUCGGAUACUGUUUUUGGAGCAGCAGCUUGCAGACAGAGAAAGGGAAUUCUUUGCUCUCAAAGAAAAACUGUCACUCACCACAAGCAAAAGUAUUCCAGUGGAGGAAAGUGCCGACAGUGCAAGCAGAAGAGAUAUCGCUGGGUUGCAUGAUAACACUACAGCUCUAUCUGAGGUUCUUGAGGGCACACAAGAGCAAGAGACAACACUUGUGGCAGUAGACAGUAGAUCUGUUCUGUCAGUCUCUGCUGGCAAUGAGAGUAGCCCUGAGCUUAUAGCACCUCAUCCUGAGUCUCCUGGAGAAUCAAAGGGUACCUCCUCGGAUGAGAUGGUGACAAGCAGUGACUCAGAGGUGGCUCAUAGUAGCUGGACUCUUCUAGAAGCAGUCAACCAAGAUGGGACUCAAGAGUGGGCACCCCAAAUUCAGGACUUUGCCUCACUACGCUUAUCCAUGCAAUCUUGGGAAGAGACCGGUGAAGAGCAUGUUGCAUCAACUAGCUGCAUAGUUGAUAUUGAAUCACCAUCUUUAGUUAUCCAUGAAACUGUGCAGGUACAUCUUGGCCAACAGGAGGGAAGUCUGCUAAAUACAGAUUCAAGCAAAGGUCAGGCUUUUGCUCAGAUAUUAGCAGAAGAGAUUCAGAAAAGAUAUAGUGAACUUCUGGGAGAACUUCAGCAGCUGAAAGACUCCGCUUUACAAUCACAGGAGAGAGUCUUCCAGCUGGAGAAAGCAUUGAAGUCAGUUACAGAUUCCAAAAAUGAGGCUCAGUCUAGGGCAAAUAUAUACGAGAAAGAGCUGAUUGAAGUUAAGGCAUUGUUUGAGCAAGAAAAAUUAGAUAGGCAAAAUGUUGCUGAGCAGUUUGAAAACUUGCAGGAAGAGGUUCUCUCUAAAGAUGAUAAGCUGAAAGCCUUACAGGCAAGCCUUGAUGAAGUCCAUCUGAGACUUGUUGAACAAGAAGGUCAAGCUAGAAUGCUAACUGCUCAACUGGAGGACAGAGAGCUCACUUCCUCCGAACUGGAACAGAAGCUCUUGGACAUGGAGGGCAGGUUAGUGCAGGUCUCUCAGGAGGCUGAUAUGGCAAAAACUGCUCUCAUUGACAGGACUGCUGAGCUGGAAGAUCUACAAAAGUGUCUUUCACAGAAAGACCAGGAGAUGAUGGAACUCAAUGAUAGCAUGACUGCCAAACUACUCCAGGCCGGAGAGGAAAAGUUUGCAAUAUCCAGUGAAGUCAAAAAGCUAAAAGAGCAAAUACAUGAACUUGAGAGUGUCAGGGAUGACCAGCAGAAAAUCAAAGAGGAUAAAACAGCAGAAUGUGAGGAGCUUGUUGCUUUACAAAAGGAGAAGGAGGACCUGAAUUCUCAAAUGGCUGCUAUGAAGAAAGAUGGAGAACAUGUCAAGAGAAAGCUGCAGGCAGCUCUGAUACAGCGGAAAGAAUUGAUGAAAAAAGUUGCAGACUUUGAGAAGGAGGCUGAGAGCAGGGAAGAAAAGGAAAUAGGUGAGGAAAUAACUCUUCAAUUCAAAAAUGAAAUUAAGGAAAAAGAGAAAGAAAUACAGAGACUUGAUGCUUUGUUGCAAGAGACCAGAGAUUACUUAAAUUUAAAAGAAGAGACCUUAACAAGUCUGAAACAAAAAAUCAGUAACCAAGAUCAAGCAUUGACUGAGUCACAUGCAGAAAUACAACAUUUGACAGAGCAGUAUGUACAACUAACUGAACAACCAAUGUCACAGAUGGCUGAGGACAAAAAUAAGCUAAUUUCACAGAUAGCGUCCAUGGAAUCUGACAUUGAAAUAUUGCAUAAAAAGCUUCAGGAAGCUACUAAUGCUCAUGAGGAUGCUGUUGUGAAAGCUCAAGAGAAAGAUUGCCAUCAUCUUGAUCAGAUGAAACAACAGAAAGUGGAGUACAGUGACCUUUUUGAAAGCCUCCAAACUGAGGAGAGAGAAAAAACUGGGUUGUUGAAUCGUAUUAUAGAGCUUGAGGGUCUGCUAGAAUCAAAGAACGAUACAGAUAAAGUGGUGAGUGUAAAUGUGGAGAGGAAUAUUGGGUCUGCUACACAGAAUUUAGAGAAACCAGAGACAAACGAUUGGGUUCAGGAGGACUGGGUGGAUUUUGCUGAGACUGAGUCACAACAACAUAACAAACCUGGUGAGCAAUCUCAACAGUGCAUGGUAAAAGAUCAUGAGGAAAAUAGAAAUGCUCUCCAGGAGGAAUUAAGAGUUGAGCAGGCUGCUCGUGCAGAAUUAGAGGUGCAUCUACAAGAGAGCCAAUCCUCUCAAUCACUCACUGAUGGCAAAUUCAAAGAGUUUUGUGAAGAACUUGAAGCCUUGAGAGAAAAAGAGAGGCAGAUUGAUGCUCUCACUGAAGAAAUGGAAGUUCUUAGAGAAAAAUAUCAGAGAUCCGAAACUCAUGCAGUGAAGCUGAAAGCGGAGGUGGAUGAAGCUUGGGAAGCAGCUAAAAGAAGCAUCUCAGAUGCUGAGUCCCCAGUCAAAGCACUUCAGUUAGAAGUGGAAGAAUUUAAACAAUUUCUUAAAAACAAGAAUGAUGAGAUUGUUGAUUUAAGCCAACAGCUUAGUGAACAAAGUUCUCUUUUACUUAAGAUGCAGGCAACGGUACUGGAGAAAGAUCAGCAGAUUGCUUCCCUACAAGAAGUUCUUAAAGCUGAGCAAGAUAGAGCUCAAAAACUGGAAGCAGAAAUGCCACAACGUGAGGAAGAAGAGAAGGAUAAUAGUGCCAAACUCCAACAGCUUCAACGCAAACUGCAGGCUGCUCUUGUGUCACGUAAGGAGGCACUCAAAGAGAAAAAGGUGCUGAAGGAGGAACAGGCUGCUGCUGAGAAGAUCAAAUUAGAGCUACAACAGAAGCUGGAGUUAAUAGAGUUAGAGCUGAACAAGUCAAGAGAAGAGAGGGAGAAGUUAAUUGAGGAGGUGGAUCGAACUUUGUUGGAAAACCAGAGUCUGCAUGCCUCCUGUGAGAGCCUUAAACUUGCUAUGGAGGGUGUUUUGAAUGAGAAGGAUGCAUGUAAACAUCAAGCAGAGAGUGCCAAAGAGGAAUCCGAACAAGCGUGCAGGCAGUUGGAAGAAAAGGUGCAAAGCAUGAAAGAGGAGUAUGAAUCCCUCCUCAAGUCAUAUGAAAAUGUGAGUGAUGAGGCUGAACGAGUAAGACGAGUGCUGGAAGCUGCUCGACAGGAGAGGCAGGAGUUAGCAGCCAAGGCACGAGCUCAUGAGGCGGCCAGACAUGAGGCUGAGAGGUUAGCGGAGGAAGCUAUGAAGGAGGUAGAUGUUGUGAAAGAAAAAAUGAGAAAGUUUGCCAAGGUUAAGCAUCAGAAGAUUAUGGAUCUAGAGGAAGAAAAUGAAAGGCUUAGGGAGCAGGAAGAGAAGAAAUUGACCAAACAUACAGAAACUGAGCUGAAACAAGAGCUUGAGAGAGUCAAACAAGAGUUUGAGACCUUGAAAAAAAAUUACAAUAUUGUUAUGGAUGAUAAAAACUCUUUGGAGCAUGAAGCUGAGGAGUUGAGACAGCGUUUGGCUGAGGAAAUUGACAGAAAGGGCAGUGAGACCCUGGACACAUGCUCCGUGAAAGCUAUUCAGGAAGUUAAAGUUGACACACAGCAGAGAAGUCCUGAUUUAAGUGAAAUUCAAGAGCCAUUGGAAUCCAUUGGUACUGCUCUUGAGCAAGAAGUCACAGAAGUGCAAGCAAACGUUGAGAUGACUGCUCAAACAGAGGAGAUGCUCAAGGAACUGGAAACCUCUCUCAAAACAGCAGAGAAUAAGAUAAAGGAACUUGAAGCUGCUCUUGAAGAUCACAUGGAAUCCAGAAGCAAGCAAGAGUCAACGCUUAAUGCAGAGCUUGCGUCCCUCAAGCAGCACCUACAGGAGUCUUUAGAAAGAGAGGGUCUUCAGAAUGAAGAGCUUUCUAAGAAAGAGACCCAACUGCAAGAACUUCGCACUAGCCUAGAGGCUGAAAGGGAUGACUUGGAGGAGCGGUUAAUGAACCAGCUGGCUCAGCUCAAUGGCAGCAUUGCAGGCUACCAGCAAGAGGCAUCUGACAGUCGUGAUCGCCUUACAGACAUGCAGAAGGAACUGGAGAAACUGGAGAGAGUGCGGGCUGAGGUGGCAAGUGAGAGGGACCGGGCAGCCAGGAUGGAAGAAGACAUGAGGCAGGCCCAACGAGAAAGAGCAGAGGCUGAGGCAGGCAAACAAAGAGAGCUGGAGCAGAAGUUGAAAUCAGCACAGCGGUUUAAAGAAGGUAGUCAAAACAGGACACGUCAACUUGAGGAACUGCUGAGGGAGAAGCAAAUGGAAGUUCGUCAGCUACAGAAAAACUGCAUUGAGUACCAGGAAAGAAUAAGUGAACUGGUUAAAGAAUUUAAGUCAUUGACUUUGGGAAGAGAUGAGCUGAGUGCAGAACUUGAGGCAGCACGCUUGGAAAUUGCAAAGAUUAUGCAAGACAGAACAAGUAUUGCAUCUGAACUUUCAACAUGUAAAGGGAAGCUGGACAUGGUGCUGGAAGAAGCAAAGCAGGCCCAAGCAGACAAACUAGCUGCUGAACAAAUGGUACAGUGCAAAGAGGCUGAGUUGAAGGCAGAUGCGGAGCGUACCCUGGAUGAAGUCAGGUAUCGUCUUGGAGCCGAGCUUAAACAGAUAGAAUUAAGACUAGAGAAAUCUUACCGGGAGCGGGAGAGGGAGGAAGAGGCAACUCUUGAGGCAAGGAGAAUUGCUGAGACCGCAGAUAGGCAUGCCCAGGAAAUGCAAGCACGUCUGGAUGAAGCACUGGCUCGGUUAGCAGCCUUUUCGCGCUCCAUGUCGUCCCUGCAGGAUGAUCGGGAUCGAGUGCUGGAUGAGGCCAAGCAAUGGGAGAGUCGUUUUCAUAGUGAGCUACAGAAAAAGGAGGCUGAUGUUCGGGGGGCUGAGACCCAUGCUAAAGAACUUGCUGAGCAACUCCAGAGGGAGACCACCCAAAAAGAGGAGCUGCAGAGUUUAUUGGAAAGAAUGCAAAAGGCAGAGGAGAACCUACAGCUAGAGCUGUCUGAGGCAGUAAAGAAACAUAAUGAAAGCCUUGCAGCUCUUGAGAAAGAAAGAGGGGAUCUGCAGCACAAGCUCACUUUGGUAGAGACCAACCUGACCCAAACUCGUUCUCAGCUGACUACCCUGGAGACAGAGGCAGAGGGACUACGGCACCGGACCAAAGCUCUAGAAGAAGCAGUAGACAAGCUUCAGAGUGAUGCUAAUGAGGCACGUGCAGUGAUCAAGGAAAGGGAGACAGAAGAAAGGAGACUAUGCUUGAGGCUGGAGCAACUGGAGACAGACCUGGCAUCUUCAAAGAACCUUACUGACAAUCUUCAGGCAGCAUUGGAUGAGAAGGAGAAGAGGGAGAUGGAACUCCUUGGUGAGAAGGAGCAAGCUGUGACACAGGCUGUAGAGGAGGCUAGGAAGGAUGCAGAUGGAAGGGCCGAGAUGGCAGAGAAAGAACUGGAGAAGAAGAGAGAGGAGUUGCAUGGUUUAGAAGAGAAGCUUCGUAAGGCUGAGGAGGACACCUUCCAGAGCAGAGCUCAACUUGAGUCCUUUACCAAGGCUAUGGGCUCCUUGCAGGAUGACAGAGACAGAGUGCUCAGCCAAUACAAGCAGCUAGAGGAAAGACAUCUCCAGGUUAUGAUGGAGAAGGACAGUCUGAUCCAAGAGGCUGCAGGAGAAAACAACGGGUUAAAGGAGGAGAUUCGAGCCUUGUUGUCACAGCGGGAUGACCUCAAUGCUGAGAAUGCCAAGCUGGCUGCCCAACUUCAUGGCUACAGAAAUGACCUGAACCAGGUUCUUGCUAUGAAGGACUCCCAGCACAAGCAGAUUCUAGCUGCCCAAGUAGAGCGCAUCAGUUUUCUGGAGAGAGAGAAAGGAGAUUUAGAGAGCCAAAUUCAGGCUCUUGUAAAAGAUGUUGCACAAGGAAAGGUACCGCCAUUGGAGCAGGAGAACUUGAGCCAAGCCAGUGAAGGAAUUGUUAGAGUCGAUAAGCAAGAAGCACCAGGGGCCGAGGUAGAGAAGCUGAGGGAACAGCUCCAAGCUGCUAGAAAGCGUAUCACCACCUUGGAGGAGACCUUGGAAUUGGAGAAGGAGACCCAGGCAGUCCACAGCAAAGAGUUGAAGGAGCUGCGCUGGGAAGGCGGUGUUCUGCGCACCGAAGCUGAAACAGCCGAGGAAAGGGUUGCGGAGUUGGCACGAGACCUGCUGGUGAUGGAGCAGCAGCUUCUGGAGGAGAGGGAAACAGCCUCUCAGCUUCGAGCUCAGAAUCAGUCUUUUGGUCAAGCCAUGACCUCUCUGCAGGAUGCAAGAGAUCAGGCUAUACGCGAGGCCAAGGAGCUGCGUCUCCAUUUAGAUGAGAUAAACCAGACGGCUCACCCAGCUUCUCCUCCAAGUGGCUCCAAAGGAGAAGUGUGGAGCCUAAAAAAUGCCCUAACAGCACUGCAAAAUGACAGGGAAAGAAUGUUGGAACAGUUGGACUUGCAGCGGUCUGAAUUGGACAGACUUGGAUCUGGUGAACUAUCCGGGCUCUCUCAGGCUCUGGAGGAUGAGAGAAGAAGGGCAGGGGAGCGAGAGGAAAAUAUCAUGGCAGAGCUUAGAGACAGAGACGCACAGAUGGACAGAUAUAAUCAAGAACUGGAAAUGCUCAGACUUGAGAGGAUGGACUGGCAGGGCCAGGCUGAGCUCUUGAAGCAGCAGACCCUGACCACCCUCUCAGAAAGGGACCAGCAGGUUCGCCAGCUUGCUGCCAUGCUGGAGGAAGCGCAGGCAUCAAAAUUCCGGCAUGAGCACACACAAAGACAGGGAAGCCUUGCAGUAGACGCUGCCCCUGGUGGCCCUCUAGAGCACAACGAGGGCUAUAAAGCUGAGUGCAUUGAACUCCAGAGAAGGCUGGAUGAGGAGUUAGAACAGAGACUACUAGUAGAGGAGCAGCUCAUCACUGCACAGGAUCGCCUCAAACGCUAUACACGGGGGGAGUGGCAGACAGCUUCUGAAGCCAUGAUGUCAGAGACGGCUGUCCUUAUUGAGCCUCCAGAGGGCGCAGUUACACGGACUCGAAAUGAUGGACCUGGGUUACUGCGGAUGCUGCGAGUUGCAUUCUGCUCUCGUCAGCGAACCCCUCUGCUGCUGUCACUCUACCUGCUGACUGUUCACGUGCUGUUGCUGCUAUGCAUGGGAGGAUAUCUGUGAGAGAGAUUCUUCACGCUUUACUGAGAGAGAGACGGUUACAUGCUCAUUCACUUAUCAUACAAAACAAUGGACACAUUAUUUAACACAGGAUUAAUUCACAAUCUUAUAAGAAUAUUUUUCCUUGCUUAUUUACCAAAGUUACAUCUGAUCAGUUUUUUUUCUUUUUUUUCCCAGAGCGUUCUGACAAAAAAAUUAUUUCCACCCAGUUUUAUUGGGGCUUGUCAAUACUAGUAACACUAGGGCACAACCUGCACUUCCUCAAGAACAUUAUUUUACCCUUUAAGAAAGCCCAAAUUAAUGAAGGAAUUUUUAUGCGUCUGGAAAAUGCCAGCAUCUGUCUAACUGGAUCUUUCACAUUGUCUGUCGAAUGCAUAAAGGUAGACAUAAAAAGACUUAUUUUGACCACAUUCCAGCUUCCUGUAAUUAGUUUUCUUUCUUGAUAUCUCUUUAUUUCUGCAUAAAGUCAUUCAAAUGCAUUCAUGUGUAAUGUAACGGCAAAACUGAUACAGAUACUGGAUGUGUCUGCAUGGCAAGACGUCAAAAGUCUUCUAGAAAUGUCCUAGUGUGCUGACUGUUUCCUUUCAUGGCAGACUAGUCUGCCAGCUUGGUGCAAUACUGUCAUUUAUAUUUGUUCUUUUUUAAUUGGUGGUUUAUUUGUUCAUUUUGUUGGUGUUUAUUUUCUUUAACACACUACACGUCAUAUUCUUUACAUCUGGACUACUAUUGCUUUUAUUCACCUUAAAGACGUAAAUGAAAUGCCAUGAAUUUCUAUUUUUGUUUUUAUUCUGUUUCAGUUAUAAAAAGCUUCAGUAGUCAUUCAUGUUCUGCUUAUUUCCAGUUUUCUGAGCUGGAGCUGGACUUCUCACUUAAUUACUGUCACGCUGAUCUGUCUGGGCUGUAUAGGGAUGGUUUAGAUUGUGGUUAAAAUGUCGUCUCUAUUUACAGUGCGAUUUUAAGAACAGCCCAGUAAGUGUUUUAUCUGUAAAAUCAGUGUAAAUGAUCCUUUCUCUCCCUCCUGCUACCCUGUUAUAGGGGCUAUUUUUUGGAAAUAAAGUCUAUUUAAUGGAAGACUUACA